CUUGGAUUAGUAGUACACUUGUGAAAUUUGGAAUACCGGCGCUAUUUAUAUUUCCUCAAAAUAAUGUUCGUUCAAUUCUGAAAGGACGAGGUGGACAGAGUUUUAUAUGAAUCAACCAGAAUCUAGAAGAAGAAAACAACUGUUUUCAAAUUUCAUGGCAUAUGGCCUAUGUUGAAUCGUUACUACACAAAUGCAAUUCCCUCCAAAACAUCAAACAACUUCAAGCCCACCUCAUAACCACCGGCCUUUUCAAAUCCUACUUCUCCCGCUCAAAGCUCCUCGACUUCUGCGCCACCUCCUCCGCCGGCGACCUCUCUUACGCCACCUUCGUUUUCCACAACAUAACCCGUCCGGCCACCAAUGAUUGGAACGCCAUCAUCCGUGGCAUUGCCGGAACCAACCAACCCAUCAAAGCCGUAUCCUGUUAUGUCUCUAUGCGCCGUUCCUCUUGCAAACCCGAUGCGCUUACUUGUUCAUUUACCCUCAAAGCCUGCGCCCGUACUUCGGCCCGAAUUGAAAUCCUGCAAAUCCAUUCUGAUGUUGUCAAAACUGGGGUUCUUGCUGAUGUUUUAUUGCAGACAACUUUGCUUGAUUCGUAUGCUAAAUGUGGGGACUUGAGUUGUGCGUCCUCCCUGUUCGAUGAAAUGACUGUUAGAGAUAUUGCCUGUUGGAAUGCUGUGAUUACUGGAAUGGCUCAGGGGAAUCGACCAAAUGAAGCGUUAAGACUGUUUAAGCGAAUGACAGAAUGUGGGAUGUACCCGAAUGAGGUUACUGUUCUUGGAGCAUUAUCGGCCUGUUCGCAGCUUGGAGCACGAAAGGAGGGCGACAAGAUUUAUGACUAUAUCAGGAAUCAGAAACUUGAUGCAAUUGAGACUGUCUGCAAUGCAUCUAUUGAUAUGUUUGCGAAAUGUGGAUUUGUAAAGAAGGCAUUUGAAGUGUUCGCCAGCAUGCAAUGUAGGAAGUCCAUUAUCACGUGGAAUACAAUGGUUAUGGCAUACGCAAUGCAUGGCUAUGGAGUCCAAGCUAUAGAGUUAUUCAAUUCGAUAAGAGAAAAUGGUUUGGUUCCGGAUAGUGUGAGUUAUUUAUCGGUUCUGUGCGCUUGUAACCAUGCAGGCAUGGUCGACGAAGGGUUAAGGCUGUUUGAGUCUAUGGAGGAAGUUGGGGUGGAGAAAAAUGUGAAACAUUAUGGCUGUGUUGUCGACUUGCUGGGAAGAGCCGGGCGCUUAGAGCAGGCAUUCAAGAUUGUGGAAUCGAUGCCUACGCUUCCAGAUGUUGUGCUUUGGCAAACUUUGCUCGGAGCUUGUAAAACAUAUGGAAAUGCAGAGCUGGGGGAGAAAGUAUCCAGAAAUCUUGUAGAAAUGGGAUCACGUAGCUGUGGGGAUUUUGUGCUGUUGUCUAAUCUUUAUGCGGCACAAGGAAGGUGGAAAGAUGUAGGGAAGGUGAGGGAAGCUAUGAAAAAUACGUCGGUGAAGAAGAUACCUGGAUUCAGUUAUACUGAAGUCGGUGGCGUGAUCUAUAAAUUUAUUAACGGUGAUCAGACCCACCCACGCUGGAAGGACAUACAUCAGAAACUUGACGAGAUUAGGUUUAGGAUUAGCGAAUAUGGAUACGUGGCAGAAACCGACUAUGUGUUGCAUGAUAUAGGGCAGGAGGAGAAAGACAAUGUGUUGCUUUAUCACAGUGAAAAGUUGGCUGUAGCAUUUUGUUUGAUCAGUACUAGUGCUGAUAUACCUAUCAGUGUAAACAAGAAUCUUAGAAUCUGUGGUGACUGCCAUGUAGUGAUUAAGCUGAUUUCGAAGAUUUAUAAGAGAGACAUUAUUGUGCGUGACAGAACUCGGUUUCACGAAUUCAAGGACGGCUCUUGCUCUUGUGGAGAUUAUUGGUGAAGAUGUCUGAUUUCUUGCUUGCUGAGAUUUGCAUAAAAAGGUUCCUUAUUCAUGAUUGAGGAAGGAAAAAAGAUGAAGACGAAGAAGGGAUUUGGAGUAAAAAUGAUGAUAAAGAAGGACGGCGGAGAAAACAUCUCAUGUUUGUGAUAAAAUGGAGGGGUAAUAGAAGGAAAUUUUUUUCAGCUUGCUUUAAUUUCUUCAAACCCACCAAAAAGAUGUGGAAUGCAUUAUUGGGUUUGAAAUCCAAAAAAACACUGUGUGGGAUUCAUUGCCUGCCAACCAAGCACUAUUAUUUGGAUUCAAAGGCAUAGACUUGGAUUGAAACCCCCUUACCAGACACCCCCCAAAAUUUGUACUAAUUUUAUAUAGAAAUCUCAAAAUUCUGCGUGAAUUAAUGUUAAGUGCGAAGAGAGUACUUAUCGCGUUUUUUCUUUUGGUUCUUUCAAUAUCAAACUCUGAAGGAAACCGAUAACACGAAUUCAAUUUACAACGUUUCUAGGCUAAAUUAAUAAACCUUUUGAUAAACUGUUAUUUAGCCCAAAAAAAAUACUUCC